AUGCGCGUGUUCCGCUUCGCCAUCGAUCGCGGCGGUACUUUCACCGAUGUCUACGCCGAGAUGGACGUGCUGAACGGACAGGGGAACGUCAUUGACGUGCGUCCAACGGUCAUCAAGCUACUGUCGGAAGAUCCGGCCAAUUAUCCGGAUGCUCCUCGAGAGGGUAUCCGUCGCGUGCUUGAAAGAAUGACAGGCACUCAACACCCACGGGAUGAGCCCGUGGACACGUCCCGGAUCCAAAGCAUUCGGAUGGGAACGACUGUAGCAACUAACGCGCUGCUGGAGCGAAACGGCGAGCGCACGGUGCUCGUCACGACCAAAGGGUUCCGCGAUCUGCUGUACAUUGGCAACCAGUCCCGUCCCAGGAUUUUUGACUUGGAGAUCCGCAUGCCAGACACACUUUAUGACUCGGUGAUUGAGGUCGAAGAGCGUCUGCAGCUCGUGAACAAUGAAAAGGAUCGUUUGCCGACAGAUGAAAAGGGGAUCAGCGGUGAUUUCAUACGAGUGAUACAGGAAUUGGACGUUGAGGACCUUACGGCGAAGCUUCAGGUGGCCCGUGAUGACGGCAUUGAGAGCGUUGCCAUCGUGUUGCUGCACUCGUACACGUUCCCACGACAUGAAGAAAAAGUCCGUGAUGUUGCAUUGAAACUAGGGUUUUCGCAGGUUUCUCUAUCUUCUGACGUCAUGCCUAUGAUAAAAGCUGUCCCGCGUGGAUUCACAACUUGUGCGGAUGCUUACCUCACGCCCGUCAUCAAGAAGUAUGUGGCAUCCUUUUGUGCUGGCUUUGGCGACGGAUUGGACCAAGUGAAUAUCAGCUUCAUGCAGAGUGAUGGCGGACUCGCCCGGAUGAAGCACUUUCAUGGACACCGGGCCAUUCUGUCGGGUCCAGCCGGUGGUGUAGUGGGAUACGCUCGCACAACACGGCCACCUGAAGUGAGUGCUCUGUCUAUGCAGCCUGCAGUUAUCGGGUUUGACAUGGGUGGCACCUCAACGGACGUAUCCCGCUUUGACGGGAAAUUUGAACAUGUCCUCGAAAGCGUCACAGCCAAUGUGACGGUACGGGCACCGCAACUUGAUAUCCAGACAGUAGCUGCCGGAGGUGGAUCACGCCUGUUCUACAAGAACGGACUCUUCCUGGUUGGCCCCGAGUCUGUGCGAGCACACCCGGGGCCUGUUUGCUACCGGAAAAACGGUUACCUCAGUGUUACUGACGCGAAUCUCGUCACUGGGCGUAUUCUACCUGAGUAUUUCCCCAAAAUCUUUGGUCCCAAUGAGGACGAACCGCUGGAUGUGGCUGGAUCGAAGCAAGCGUUUGAAGUUCUUACAAAGGAAAUCAAUGAGUCGUUAGGCGCGAAUGGAGCUAAGUAUACUAUGGAAGAAGUGGCGUCAGGUUUUCUGCGUGUAGCCAAUGAAGCUAUGUGUCGUCCCAUUCGAAACCUUACGCAGAACAAGGGCUAUGACAUCAGUACGCAUAUUCUUGCAUGUUUUGGAGGUGCUGGACCACAGCACGCUUGCUCGAUUGCAAAGGCACUGGGUAUGUCAAAGGUCUAUAUUCACCGCUAUAGCGGUAUCCUAUCGGCGUAUGGCUUGAGUGUGGCAGACAGCGUGGUGGAUAAACAGUUACCCUCAUCGGCAGAAUACAGUGCUGACACUAAAUCUGCUUUGGUUAGCAGUCUAACAAAAAUUGCCAACGAGGUGGUGCGCGAGCUUGUUGCGGAUGGAUUCCGGCCUGAGGAUGUGCAACUGCAGUACUUUCUCAAUAUGCGAUACGACGGUACCGACAACGCUGUCAUGACGCGUGGUCCAAUGGGUGCUAAAGGCGAAGCUCCUACGUCAAUCGCGAACGCCCUCGCUGAAUUCGAAUUCGAUAGCAGUUUUGUGAAGAAGUACCAGCGCGAGUUCGGUUUUGUGCUGCAAAAUCGUGCCAUUCUCGUCGACGACAUCCGUGUUCGCGCUACAGUGUCGCCUGAGCUAAUGGAACACGCGGUUGGAGGUGCUGCUACCAACGCCGUUGAUGCGGUUGAGCCCUGCUCGCCUCUCUCAACGACGCCGUUUUACUUCGAAAGCGAGAAAACGUGGAAGCACAUUCCCGUCUACCUGCAUGAAGAGCUCCUCCAAAAGCGUGGUGCUAGGUACAGCGGGCCGGCAAUUAUUAUGCAAGGCACAGCCACAGUAGUUGUGGAGCCGGAGUGGGAGGUACAAGUUACGCCUAGCGGUGACCUCUUUUUAGUCAGCGACACUGAGACUGCAGGGUCGAAGAAGGGUAGCCCCCCUUUCCGUGCCGAAGAUGUCCCGCUCGACCCUAUUCAGCUCUCGGUAUUCUCACACCGUUUCAUGGGUAUUGCUGAGCAAAUGGGUCGUACACUGGCGCGUACGUCAGUCUCAGUAAACAUCAAAGAGCGCUUGGAUUUUUCGUGCGCCUUGUUUGGUCCCGACGGUGGACUUGUGGCGAAUGCACCACAUCUCCCUGUACACCUCGGUGCGAUGCAGCAAGCUGUGCGCUAUCAGCUCGAGUUCUGGGGUGAUGAUCUACACGACGGGGACGUGUUGGUCUCGAACCACCCGCAGCUCGCAGGAGGUUCGCACCUACCAGACAUUACAGUCAUUACGCCUGUUUUUAGCCACACGAGCAGCAAAAUUGAAUUCUUUGUGGCUAGCCGUGGGCAUCACGCUGACAUCGGUGGCAUUUCACCUGGAUCAAUGCCUCCGUUGUCGAAAACGCUGUCUGAAGAAGGUGCGGCAAUUGUAGCGUUCAAGCUAGUUGAAGGCAAGGUUGGUGAAUUCCGUGAAAAGGAGAUCACGGGCAUUCUUUUGCAAAAGGGACGGGUUGACGACCAGGGUCGACCUUGCAUUGGCACGCGCAACCUGCGCGACAAUUUGUCCGACUUGCGCGCACAAGUGGCAGCGAACCAACGCGGCGUGAUGUUGAUGCAGGAGCUCUGUGCCGAGUACUCGCUACCAGUCGUUACCGCCUACAUGAACUAUAUCCAGCAAGCUGCAGAGAUUGCGGUACGAAAUAUGCUGCACGAGUUUUCGCUGCAAAAAAACUUGCCUGAAGUUGGCGUUGUAUAUGCGGAAGACUUCAUGGAUGACGGCACGAAAAUCGCGCUGACGAUCUCGAUUGAUCGCCGAUCGAACUCGGCUGUGUUCGAUUUUAGUGGCACUGGACCAGAAGUGUAUGGAAAUGUGAACACGCCUCCAGCAGUAACGUACUCUGCUAUCAUCUACUGCCUGCGCUGCUUGCUACCUGGCGAAGACCUUCCGCUCAAUCAAGGCUGCUUGACGCCUAUCGAAGUGCGCUUCCCAAGCAAAAGCAGUAUUCUAAACCCAAGCAACAGCGCUGCUGUCGUUGGUGGCAACGUGCUUACUAGCCAGCGUAUCACCGAUGUGAUUCUCAAGGCGUUUGGUGCGUGUGCAGCUUCCCAGGGCUGCAUGAACAACCUCACGUUUGGCAGCUCCACAUUGGGUGGCUACUACGAGACUAUUGCUGGUGGUGCCGGUGCCGGCCCAUCUUGGAAUGGCCGCAGCGGAAUCCACACACACAUGACAAACACGCGUAUCACGGAUCCUGAGAUCCUGGAGAAGCGUUACCCCGUCCUGCUUCGUGCCUUCCAUCUUCGUGAAGGAUCAGGAGGUGCUGGCAAGUUUCGCGGUGGCAACGGUGUCGUGCGCCAGGUGGAGUUCCUCGAGCACAUGACUGUGAGCAUCCUUUCAGAGCGACGUGCAUUCCAGCCAUAUGGUCUCGAAGGCGGUGAACCUGGCGCCCGCGGUCUGAACUUGCUUUUACGUCACGGUGGUCGCACCGUGAACUUGGGCGGCAAGAACACGGUGGAUGUGCUGCCAGGCGAGAUCUUGACGCUGUACACGCCCGGCGGCGGAGGCUUCGGGGCUGCCAAGUAA